AAAAAAUCAGCUAUUGAUUACUAACAUGUGGUUAAAAUUGGAGUGGAACGACGUCAACCUCAGGUGGAACGACAGUGACUAUGGUGGUGUAAAGGAUUUGAGAAUACCACCGCAUAAGAUAUGGAAACCAGAUAUGCUCAUGUAUAAUAGCGCUGAUGAAGGUUUCGACGGCACGUACGCAACCAACGUGGUGGUCAACAGCAAUGGUAGCUGUGUGUUCAUACCACCGGGGAUAUUCAAGAGCACGUGCAAGAUCGAUAUUACGUGGUUCCCCUUCGAUGAUCAAAAAUGUGAUAUGAAAUUUGGCAGCUGGACAUACGACGGAUUUCAGCUUGACCUUCAACUCCAAGAUGAUCACGGAGGAGACAUCAGUGGUUUUAUUACUAACGGUGAAUGGGACCUGCUUGGCGUUCCCGGAAAGCGCAAUGUGAUCUACUACAGUUGCUGCCCCGAACCGUACAUAGACAUAACGUUUUCCAUCCUAAUUAGAAGGCGCACCUUGUAUUACUUUUUCAACCUGAUAGUCCCGUGCGUGUUGAUUGCGUCUAUGGCAGUACUAGGAUUUACUCUCCCGCCGGACUGUGGCGAAAAACUAUCUCUAGGAGUUACGGUUUUGCUAUCGCUUACAUUCUUCCUAAAUAUGGUGUGCGAAACAAUGCCACCUGCCUCUGAGUUACCACUGAUAGGUACUUAUUUCAACUGUAUCAUGUUUAUGGUUGCAUCGUCAGUCGUGUCCACAAUCAUGAUUCUGAAUUAUCAUCACCGUAAUGCGGACACUCACGUCAUGUCCAAAUGGGUGAAACUCAUGUUCCUGGUGUGGAUGCCGUGCUUGUUGUGCAUGAGCCGACCUGCCCGUGACGAGCAACCCACCAACGGGGGGAACAAGUCGUCGGAUUCCAAGAACAAGUCGGCGGCGUCGUCCAUCCACCACCUGCCCGACCUGGAAUUCCGAGCCAAGUCGUCCAGGAGCCUGCUAGCCAACGUGCUCGACCUGGACGACGACCUGCGCUCGUCCACCCGGAGCUACCCGGGCACCCGAAGCCAAGUAGCUCCGAUGCCCGAGCACGUGAUGGUCGAACAGCAACAGCACACGAUGUUGACCGGCGGCGGCGGAUCGGCGUCGGCGGUGGCCGCGGCCUCGUGUCUGGGGCCACACCGUGAGCUGUCGCUCAUCCUCAAGGAGCUCCGGGUUAUCACCGACAAACUACGCAAAGACGAGGAGGACGAGGAGAUCACCAACGAUUGGAAGUUCGCGGCCAUGGUGGUCGACCGCAUGUGCCUGUACAUAUUCACCUUCUUCACUGUGGCCGCUACCAUAGCAGUACUCAUGUCCGCGCCGCAUGUCAUCGUCACGUGAUCGCACCACCGACAUCAUCGACUCCGGUCCGGCUUCUAUAAUAUAUAUAUAGAUUUUGUUAUAUAUUACAAUAUAAAAUGGUUGCGACGAAGCAGCCAUAAUAUAUUAUAUGACGACCACAUUAUGGUAGUCACAUCUGCAUAACACGCGGAAAAGUGACAUGUAGGAAUCGGUGUGGUACCGUUCUAAAUAUUUAUAAUAUAUUAUACGCAGAUAACUAUAAUAUUAUUAAAUACUCUUCCUAAUAUCUAAAGUUAUUAUAAUUAUUAUAAUUUUUUUUUUCUUAAAACUACUUCUUUUCUAACGAUGAUUAACUAAAGUAUAUAUAUAUAUAUAUAUGUUUACUAUAUGUAAUAAUAAUAUAUAUAUGUAUAUAUGUAUAUUACUCUAGCCCUGCUCCUAGAAACGAAUUAAUAAACGCAUAUUAUUGACGUUUAAACCUGUUCCAUGGAAUAUUGAACAAGACACGUCAAAAAUAUUGUUAUUUACAUCAAUAAUAUAUCCAAGCAAAUAAUAUUUUAUAUGAGAAACUAAAAUAGACAUAUUUAUAUUAUAAUUUAACAAACUAUCAUUGAAUUUACUACAAAGUUGGUCCCCUGUAUACCUACGUAUUUAGUGUACGAUAUUGUCAUAUUUUUAAAACAUAUUUGUUAAUUUUUUGCGUAUUUUCAUAACACCGCGGGAAGAGUAAUAGUUGAAUUUUAAGUAGACAUACUGCCAUACGAAUAUAAUAUUUAUUCGUUUAUUCAUAUUUUUCGUAUUGUUUAUGGAAUWAGGGCUCUCAUCGAAAAAAAAAUAUUUAUACCUAUUCGAUAUCGGAAGUCCCAUAAUAAUAUUAUAAACAUUCUAGAAUCGAUAAAUUUUUGCAUUGUCACAGCGUCGUAAAACUCACAACAUGUCAUGACGCUAUUAAGUUUUAAAAACCGAUAAUUAUUGUUAUAUUACAUAACUGGACAUCGAGAUACGAUAUUAUAAAAGUGUCUAUUGCUAAUUAACCAAAUAAAUAGUUUAAACUAAAGUUUUUAUUUAGCUUACUAUAGUAGUGAUAUUGUAUUUUCACAUAAAUGCACUUAUUUCAAAUUACCUAACUUCUAUUGCAUAAUAUUGAUAAUCUUUUUAAUUACUGAUGUUGGGUUCCUUAAUAUUAUUAAUUUAACUACGAAUGGUUUGAAAUACAAUUUCGUUUUUCAGACCAAUGUAAACAAAAUUUGUCUCAAACCGUCGAUAGUAUAUUAUUUACAAUAUAAUUUAUUUAACGUUAAUUUAUCUUCCCAAACAGCACAAAUACGUUUGUUUCGAAAUUCACAGGUUUCGCAACUGCUCUGAAAAUAAAACAUAAUUCAUGUACCAUAAGUCUCCGAGUGACUUGAUUUUAGACUGCCAUUUAUCUUUAGAUGUUUUACCUACAAAGUAUACACUCUACCGAUAUAUUAUACUCUAUCGAUUUUUGGUUUCAAUAAUUAAAAAUUAUUUUAAAUAUUUAUGACGUUGUAAAUUGCUUAGGAACCAUGUGAUCAAUCAUAAAAAUUACUAAUAAUUUUUAUUACAAUAGUUUUUCAUUGGGAAAGUAUUUCAUUGAUAUAGAAAUAUUGCAAUAAAUUAUAAGUCUGAGAUAAUGAAAAAUCAUAUUAUUUUAGCGUUUUCGACGAAUUUAAAUGUCUAUACUAACAAACAUUUUUCAAAAAUAGGAAAUGGAUUUUCCGUCCCGAAAAACGAUCCAAAUGUCAAACUAUGUUUUAUUUCAACUUUGGUAUUUAAUAUUUAUCUUAAAAUAAUGUGCUGAUUAAACGUAAAUAGUAGCUAUAAUUAAUAUUAGUAUAAUUAUUAGAUCAUUAAUAUUUUACUGGAAUACAUGUGUCAAUCACUUAAUUUAUUCCAUUAUCUAUUUCUAURAUAAUUACUAAAAUUACUAUAUAAUAUUAUAAAGUUAUUUGUCAUGACAUCCAAUUUUUGUGUCCUCUUGCUCAAAUUGAUAUAUUUAUAGACUUAAUAUGAUUAUAUUAUUAGCUUAGCUAAAAUAAUUUGCUUUUUAUAUUAAUCAUCUGUGAAGUAAGAAAUAAAUAUAUUUUAUUCAGACACACCUAAAUAUCUAAUACGUAACUAAAUAAACAGAUUAUUAUACUAUCACAUUACAUACAUUGUUUAUGGAUUUGUUAGACAUGUAUUAGAGUACUUAACUGUUUUAUUUUACGUGCACGUUUUGCUGUGACAAUCUUAAAAUUAUAUCAUCGUAACGCCCAACGGUAGAUAUUACAAUUGUAAUACUAAUAAUUAUUAAAAAUAUUAUCAAUAUCAUUAUUAUUAUUAUUAUUAUUAUUAUUAUUAUUAUUAUAAAUACUAGGUAUUAAAAAUGUCUAAUACAUUAAAUGACAAAAUCUUGAGUCGUCUUCCGGUUCAAAUAAAUGUCAUAAAACAAACAAAUAAUUGGAAAAUAUAUAGGUUACAAAUUACUUAAAUUUCAUUUGAUAUAAUAUAUAAAUAUAUAAAUUAUUAUAUACCACAUAUACAAUUUAGUAGAGAUAUCAUAAAAUAGUGAUUUGGAAUUAAUAAAUUUCUUCGAUGAUGUUUCAUGAUUGAUCGUUAACAAACAAAGUGUUAAAUAAAAAAUUCAGCUCAAUUAAUUGCUUUAAUAAAUAAAAUAAAAAUUAUUGUAAAAUAAAAAUACAUAAACUAACGUUUGUUUAGAGCUAUACAUUGU